GGAACCGUUGCGCAAAAAGGAUACACCUUGCGGGUGGAAGGAUACUCAAACGGAAUGCGUUCUGGCUCAGUUCAGUAGUGGUAUCUGUAUGUUGUGUGCGGUGGUGCGUUGAUUGGCUCUCGUCUAUGUCAAUCGGCGUUGCGUUUUGUCGGGGGUGAUAGUGCGUAAAAUAGUACCGAAGUUGAGUAGCACUGAUGGGAUACUAGCCAUUCUCUGUGACCGUCAUUGCACGAGUUGCAUGAUGUGAUGUGCUGGAUUUUUUUUUGCUGUAUGCGCUCUGCUAUUGAUUUUUCUGAACUGAACAGAGCUCGUGCUGCUUGGAGUGUGAAUUAAAUAUUUAUGAAUGGAGUAACGUUAUCUAAGGGAAUCUACGCCUAGAACGAGAACGGUGAAUUUUUGUGCGAGGGAAUUGUGAACUGUGCCGUGGAAACGUGAAAGUGAGUGAUUCGUGACGGUGGAACAAACGGGAAUUACAACGAACAGAAGGUGCAGAAAGGAUUGGACCGUAAUCAAUUCAUGGAUUGGAUGUAUCUCGCAUUCUCUGCUCACAGUCCGAUCAUUAAUUUAUAGCUAGGAUCUAUCUAGCCGGAAUAAAUUGCAUCGCAGAAUAGAGGAGGAGUAUCAUAUGUUAGACCUUUAUCGGAAUACUGCCCAGUUGUCAUCGUUUACGAAAAACAUUUUUGUUUGCCAAUAAAUUGUUACAAACCAUCAUACAUCAGUGACAGCAAAGGGAAUUGUCGGUUGUAAAUUUCUGGAUUCGGUAAAUAUCCCAAGAGUCAGAUUCAAAUCCAUUCAUGUGUGUAGCAACUGUUCUUUACUUAUUUAUUGGUGAUCGCUCGAAAUUUAUUGGAAUAUUUGCGGCGAGUUGAAGUGCUUAAAUCGCGGGAUAUAAAGUAUCCAAAAUAACGUGACACAACACUGUGGUAGACUGCGAAAGUGGCGAAAGCUUAAAUCAACGCCAGUGGGGUACAUUCCAGUGAGUGCAAACCAACACAAGAGGAAGAGGAAAAAUUAACAAAUUGGAGCCAUAAUUGCAAAUUUAUUGUGCAUACCGCUUAAAGCGUCUCGUGUUUGGCCGGAAAAUCGUGUUACCUCGUUCCGUGCGGAAAAUUCAUGUUCUCCGUUUUGCGGUUUAGAACUGUACAGUGUUUGUAUCCUGCUAGCAGAAGGGAGGAAAUAGUAUAUGUGUGUUGUUCUCCUGUUGGAUUCAGCCGAUAAAUAACGACUAGCUAAGCGAAUUAAAAUUGUUUUCACCAGGCAGAGCAGAAGAAGUAAUUGUUUCACUUCUGCCAAGAAGUGUAUGCCCGCUCGUACCUUAGUCUCUGGCAGGCGAAUGAUCAAUAAAUUUAGUAAAAUGGAGAAUUUAUUAUCGGCGCUGGUGAUUAUCCUAGGAUUAAUAACGUUAUCGGAUACGAGUGCCCUUGGAGGUUCGGCCAGUGGAAGCACAUCCACUGCCAACAACAAUGUGAACCGGGCUGCGAACCAGGCAAACCUCGCCACUCGAAUCGACGAUAAAUCGGAUACGGAUCCUUUUGAUGGGGAAACCAUUGUACCGGUCCUUUCACUGGAGGAUCAGGUCCGGUUGCUAACGAAGCAGCUGAAUACGCUCACCAAUCAGCGACGUGAGGAUUACAAAAUGCUCGAAAACAGCUUGAAAAAGUACGUUCGGAAAAACUCAGUGCAGCUGACCAACGCUGAAAUCCGGGAGGAGCUGGACCGUAUGAGGGACGAUAUUAAAAUGCUGCGGGACAGCAAUUCGCCGAACAAGGAACGCCUCACGGUGCAGUGGCUGUCGCAGUCCAUAGCGGAAAUCCGUUCCGAAUUGGCUGAGCUGCAGGAAUCGUCUAGCAACGUAUCGAAGGACGCCCAGCUGCGCAACCAACUGAUGGAAGAUAUCAAUACGCUGCGGGCGGACUAUUCCACCAUGCGACUGGAGCUGGAAUCGUUGCGUUCGCGGCAGGAAAAAACCGAGGUCCUGGUGCGGGAACUACGCGAGGAGGCCGUCCAGAGUGCAGAGGACAUCCGCCGUAGCGUCAACCGGCAACGUGAGAAGAAUCAGAAUGCGCUGCUCCCUCAAACCAUCGAUUUUGUCGAGCCGGAAGCAGACCACCGGAUGCGCCAUCAUCGCUUCUUCCGGCAGCAGCUGCACGAGCUAGAGGUCAAGCAAACGGCGAUGAAGCGGCAGCUAAACAACAUCUUCAACCACCGGAUGGCCGAUCGGUUGCGGAGCCUUGAAAUCGAACAGCGCCGACUGGCUAAUGCCAAUUUCAAUAUUAGCCGCCAGGUCGCAAGCUUGGAUAAGCUGCACGGAUCGAUGCUGGAGCUGCUGGAAGACGUCGAGGGAAUUCAGAACAAGUUCGAAAAAACCCUACCGGAUAUCAAGCGGGAGAUAUCGAAGGUCGAAUUCAACGCGGCACAGAUUUCGUCCGAGCAGGGAUUGCUCCGGGAGGAAGGACACAACGUGGCCAAGAGUAUCCAGGCGAUGGCCGUCAGUGUGAGCACGCUGCAGGAGGAGCGAGAAAAUGUUCGCAAAUUGGAAGAGCAGCUCCAGGUGAUGAAGAGUGAUUUGGAUAAGAUUAAGUCGGCAGCGAUGUUGCACAAGGAGAUGGCUCACAACCGGCUGGAAAAGCUGGAGUCCGAAUCACGAACCGAACGCAACGUGUCAUCGAAACUGACUGAGCUGCAGCGUACCUCCCGGCUGGUGCAACAGUUGGAAACCGUUGAAAACGAGUACGAAACCAUCAUCAACAAGCUGCCCCGUGACUGCACUCAGAUCCAGCAGAUGAAAUCCCAGGGGGAGACGGGUCAGGGUGGCGAGGGAAAUCUUUAUCUGAUUGCCCCGACCGGUCAGCAUCACCCACUAAUGACACAGUGCUUCAACGAGUGGACCACGAUUCAACGCCGCCAGGAUGGUUCCGUUGACUUCAAUCGGUCUUGGGAGGAUUAUGCAAACGGUUUUGGUAGUCCCGCUGGGGAGUUCUGGAUCGGUAAUCAAGCGCUGCACCAUCUUACCAACGACAACUGCUCGAUGCUACGGAUAGUGAUGCAAGAUAUCUACGAUAAUACCUGGUUUGCGGAUUACGACGCUUUCAGGAUCGGCUCCCGGGAGGAUGGAUUCCGGCUGGAGCUCGCAGGCUACAACGGAAAUGCUUCGGAUGCCUUUGAGUACCAAAAUCAUAUGCAAUUCUCGGCCAUCGACGUCGACCGAGAUAUCUCCAACACGCACUGUGCAGGCAAUUAUGAGGGUGGUUGGUGGUUUUCCCACUGUCAACAUGCCAACCUCAAUGGGCGUUACAAUCUGGGCCUGACGUGGUUCGAUGCUUCUCGGAACGAGUGGAUAGCGGUCAAGUCAAGCCACAUGAUGAUUGCUCGAAGGCUCCAGUGUAGCAUCGGCGGGGGCGUUGAAGGCAGUGGUGCGGUCGGAAUCAAUGAGGAGAGUCCGAUAAUGGCCGAGCCGUUUUCUUCCGCCGCAACUGCGACGAUAUCCAAGUACGAGACCACCCUCCUGACCACAUUGUCAUCCGGUCGGGCCGGAUCCGAGGUCUAGGGCUCUGCCGAAAGACACAGUGUAAAGUAAUCGUAGCACGUGCUCUCUCCCCCUAGUUCCAUUAGGAUUGUACAUUUUUCUAUGAGCGGAUUGGAUGGCAGAGGAAAAUUUACUUUGCAUGUGUGUGUGUUUGUGUGAUUGUGCAGUGAAUGUACAGAAGAGUAAGGAUAGCUUCCUGUCGGUAGUUUAUGGAAUGGCGGAAAUUGGUUUGAUGUUAACCGAUACCACAGGUCAACAAUUACCAGCAAACUCGGACGUAAGAUGCACUCAAUUGACCUAUGAUCCCUUCGGUCGUAUCUGUUGAAUCCUAACAUGCAAGUGUACCUCAGAAUACACAUUCCUUUUUUCUUUUGGGUAACACGGUGCCGCAGUAUUUUGGAAAAUUAUGAAUUCGAUUGAGAAUAUUUAUAAAUUUUUAGAAAUGGUCUGGUAUCUAGGGGGGCAAAAUGUUUCUGGUUUAACUUCCCAAUUUCGAUACUGGCAUGUUUUUGUUCUUCGAAGUUA